UGGCGGAUGAUAGUGAGUGAAGUGUCCCACAGCGGACCACGAGAACGUAUUAGAUCUCGUAAUGGCUCAAAUGAGAAACUCUGGCCCUGGUGCUCUUCUGAAAUCUAAUUACGAGGUGUCCUCAAAGAUUGAUGCAUUCUACACUGGAGGCAAAGUACAGUUCUCAUCCAAGGAAGACCACUUGUUCUGUACGUGCAAUGACAAGGUUCAAGUUGUUCACGUUGAAACUGGCAAGGUUGUUCACACUCUGCAAGAGGAAGGUGAUGUUAUAAGCUGCUUUGCUGCAAGUCCUGAUGACAAGUUCUGUGUAACGGCAAGUAAAAGUUUGCUCCUGAGACAGUGGGAAUGGAACACUGGAGAGCAGAUACGAACUUGGAAAGCUGUCCAUAGAGCUCCUAUCGUUGCAAUGACCUUUGACACCACAUCAACACUUUUGGCAACUGGUUCAAGUGACAGUACAGUCAAAGUGUGGGAUAUUAUAAAACAAUACUACACACACAAUUUUAAAGGGUCACAAGGAGUAGUAAGCUUAGUUUCAUUUCAUCCCAAUACAAAUGCUCUUCAGCUCUUCUCGGCAUCAGAUGACUGCAAGAUACGAGUCUGGGAUUUGAAGAAAAGCAGAUGUGUUGCUGUUUUGGAGAGCCACUUCAGUGUUGUGACUUCUCUAGCAUUCUCUCAUUCUGGAGAAAUUAUGAUAAGCUCAAGUAGAGACAAUGUGCUUAAUAUGUGGAAUAUUUCUGACAAAAAAUUGCAGAAGACAAUUCCAGCUUUUGAGGGCAUAGAGUCAGUAAUUACUCUGCCUAAAGCCAGCAGUUGUCCUGGGUGCAAAGAUAAGGAGAAAGAGUAUUUCAUGACUGCAGGCAGUAAAGGUCAGCUUAGGGUUUGGAGUUUCCAAGAUGGUAAAUGUGUUUUUACCCAGACUGUUCUCAGUGCCAGGAGUAAUAAGGGUAAAGACAAUAAUGACGAAGAUGUCAAUCAACAGAUUGUUCAUGCCACCCUAUGCAAGAACCUGGGUCAAGUUGCUGUGGUCACUUUUGAUCACAAUGUUGUGUUUCAUGAGCUGGAAUCAUUGAAGAGAACUAAGCAGAUCAGCCAUUCCCUGCCAAUAGCUCUUCAUGGUUUGCUAAAUAUUUUCAAAACUUCUUUUGCCAGGCUUGACAACACUUUUGUAGCCAGUGGGAGUCAGGAUCACACCGUCAAGAUAUGGAAAAUACCUACAAAAAUAGAUAAUCUGGAUUCACCGAUCAAGUUGUCAGUAAAGCUAACUGAGAAAGCUCAUGAUAAGGGUAUUAACUCUGUCGCAAUAUCACCCAAUGAUAAGCUGUUGGCGACUGGCUCACAAGAUAAAACAGCAAAGAUUUGGAUGAUAUCCAAUGGUUCACUUCUGGGAACGGUACGCGGCCACAAGAAAGGAAUUUGGUGCGUAAGAUUCUCUCCUGUGGACCAGUGUUUGGCGACUUCAUCUGCAGACUCAACCAUAAAGAUCUGGGCCCUGUCUGACUUUACAUGUGUAAAGACGCUUGAGGGACACACCAGCUCCGUUUUGAAGAUCUGUUUCUUGACAAGAGGAAUGCAGAUCGUUUCAAGUGGCUCUGAGGGUCUUCUCAAACUGUGGACCAUAAAAACCAAUGAAUGUGUCAAGACAUUUGAUCAACAUGUGGACAAGGUGUGGAGUAUAGCUGUGAACAAAAACCAGGAUCAACUUAUUUCGGGAGGUGCGGACUCAGUGAUUAAUAUUUGGAAGGAUGUCACAGAGAUCGAGCAAGAGCAAGCUCAAGCCGCCACCGAAGAGAAUAUUUUAAAACAACAAGAGCUGUCAAACUUAAUAGCUGAUAAGAAUUAUCUCCAAGCAAUAAGUCUGGCCAUCACAUUAGACCAGCCUUUUAGAGUCAUGCACAUCAUUAAAGAUAUCCUUCUGACUGAAAAUGGAACAGAAGAAUUGACAAUAGCGAUCAAGUCUCUUAGGGAAGAUCAACUUGAUGCCAUAUUGAGAUUUCUUGUGGAAUGGAACACUAACUCGAAGAAUUGCCAUGUCGCCCAAGCUGUGCUUUCUAUUAUCUUGAGAACCAACUCUCCUUACGAUCUGAUGAAAAAGAAAAACAUCAAAGACACAAUGGAAGCCCUUCUCUCCUAUAGUGAAAAACACUUUCAGCGGAUGGAUCGACUCCUCCAGCAAAUGGAGUUUAUUGAAUACACUUGGCAGUCGAUGAAGCUCUCUGGUCCCCUCAUGUUGACCACACCAAAAACUGUAGGUGCCACGUCUGAAGCUGCGUCUACAAGUGAUACCGCUAUGGAUAGCAGGCUCGAAGUUCUAGAUGACAACGUGCGAGAACCUGUGGUGAGCGGUUUACAGGAGGAUUUGCAGGAUUUACAUCAGGAUUUACAACAGGAAACAGUGCAGUACGAGGACGGGAAAGGCGCGGUAUAUGGAACGGAUGAUCAUGAAAAUGGUGGGAAUGAAGGGAUGAAUGAAACGAGUGAUCGCGAUGAUUCGGAAAUUGAAAGCGAAGGUGGUAGUGAGCAGGACGCAACGCAGAACGGUCAUGUGGAUGGGAUGUCGGACCAAAAUACGGUGCAGUAUGGAAGCUCUGAUGACACGGGCAGUUCGAAAAAGAGAAAAAGUCCGAAUGGAAAAUUAGAUGCCAUGCUAGAUAUUUCGGGAAAGAAAAAGAAAACAAAGAGGGCAUCUGAGGGAUUUAAAGUGACGAAGGAAACCAAGUUUAAAAUACCUCAGCAAAGGACAAUGAAAAGAAAAACUAGAACUGGUCUUGGUGUAAAAUCACAGCGCAAGUUAAAACUUAAAACAAAAACUACUUAAGUCCAAGUUGAUGGCAGUAAUUGCUCUCUUAAGUCUAAGUGGGAAAUCUAUGGCAACGGCGAAGGGGGUAAGAUUCAUUCCUGAUUUUGCUACCUUAUCCUGUUAUUCCAGUGGAAACAUGGGCGAAAACACUUUAAUGCAAGUAAAUCCGCUCAGGUGUGCAAGAAACGCCGAAUAGCGUGUUGCUUGCCUUGAAAAUGUUGCUUAGGCGCUCUGCUGGAAAGG